AUGGAAGCAGUUUCGGAACCGGAAGUGGAAGCAACUUUGGAACCGUCAGUGGGGGCAGCUUUGGAACCGGAAGUGGUGGCAGCUUUGGAACCGGAAGUGGAGGCACCAUUGGAACCGGAAGUGGAAGUGACUCCGGCCAGCUCGCAGCAUGUCCGCGUCAGAACACGUGCCGUCACUCAACACCCCCGGGAAACACCGCCGCUGAGGUACGGCCAAAGGCUGGCUCUGCUGCGCCGCCGACAGGAAGCGAGAAAAAGGCGUCGUCAGCGUCCAUUCCUGCAUAAACGUCAUCAGCAGCUUCCUAUUGUGUUGAGUGGUCAGCAAGAUUCUGCAUCCACGUCUGGCCUCGACUCAGCACCCCUUACCACAAUACAAGGCUCAGGGUCAGACCCGAUCACCACCUCCCAAAACUCAGCUUCACCUGCCGCUACUGAAGACGCACUCCCGCCCACCUCCACCCAAAAUUCUGACCCACCCACCCCAACCCAAGAUUCAGAGUUAGCCCAGCCCAUCUCAACCCAAAACACAGAUCCACCCACCCCAACCCAAGAUUCAGAGUUAGCCCAGCCCAUCUCAACCCAAAACACAGAUCCACCCACCACAACCCAAGAUUCAGAGUCAGCCCGGUUUACCUCAACCCAAAACACAGAUCCAUCCACCACAACCCAAGAUUCAGAGUCACCCCAGCCUACCUCAACCCAAAACACAGAUCCAUCCACCACAACCCAAGCAGAAUCAGCCCAGCCCACCUCCACACAAAGCUUGGACCCGCCUACCAUCACUGAAGAUUCGUUCCCACCCACCACUAGUAGAGUUGUGGACCCACCCAUCACAAUUGAAGAUUUGAAAAUACCCACCACUCCUGAAGACUCAGCUCCAACUAUCUUUACCCAAGACUCAGCCCCUUCCACUUCCACCCAAGACUCAGUUCCACCCACUACCUCUGAAGACCCAGCCCCACCCACUACCACUGAAGACUUGGCCCCACUCACUCCUACUCAAGACUCUGCCCCUUCCACUAAUGAUGACGGCGCUGUCCCACUCGCCACUACUGAAGGUUCCGUUCCGCUCACCUUCACCCGAAACCCAGCGUUGCGUCGCCAUCCGUCCGGGCUGGUCACCACCCUCAGGCGGCGCGCCCCACCAGCGGCAGCCAAGCCUCAGCUUCCACCACCAAGUGUGUCGCCGCCCUCCAUCUCCGCCUCCCGGAACUCAUCUCUCCGCUCUGUUUCGUCUUCAGACACAGGACAUCCUAGUGACACUUUCCGUUCCCAGUCCCCUUCCUUCCGCUUCUCUUCCCUCUCUCUGCCUCCCGGAGAAGACUCCUACACUCUCAUCCUGCAAGUAUAUCCUUCACCAUCACAAGCAGACGUGGACCGGCUCGUGUCCUCCGCAAUACCCUUGUACCUAGCGUCAGGGUCCUCGCCCGUCAUGGCCAGCAUGAUGCCUCUUUCUGCCGCCUCGGACGCCUCCGUGCCCUCCGUGGUGGAAACUCUCGUGCACCUCGCUCAGUUGCCGCUGUCCACCGAGGGGGUCGAGGGAGAGGAUACGGUUGUCGCUGAGCUCCCGUGUGUUCCGGCAACGCACUGCUUCCGGCAUUAUGGCAACCAGUCCCUCGACGAGUGUGUCUACGGCCUUCAGCGCGCAUGCCGCGAGGGGGCGGCGCGCUGCCUGGACCAGUACCUGGGGCCCCUCAACCUCAGGUGCUUCCGCGACACGCCACCGUCUGAGGAGUUAGCCACAGAACCCGUUGUCACCUUUUACUCUGUGUCAGGUCCUGUGUCGAACAAUGAGGCUGAGGACCAGACUCCCGCCAAGGCCGUGGUCGAUGCGGAGACCUCAGAUUCUGACGAGGCCAGCGAAUCUCCAGAAGUUGUAAUCCCGUGCGUCAGCAUCUCGUCCUGUGGGCGUCGGUACGGAUCUGCGUCUGACGUCAGCAAAAACUUCCCCCUCGGGCUGGACACGAGCGGCGUCCAGAGGCAGUCCCUUACAGUCAACCUACUCGACAAGACUCCCCGCAAGCCCCGUCUUACAUCCAGACCCACCCAAACCCACAACAAACCCGGCAACAACCUCACAAACAUGGACAAGAAGCUCAGGAACAAGUCUCACCUCCACAGUCCCAUCAGAGCCCGAGUCAAAACCCGCAACUAA